UUCCUUCUUCCUCUUUGCAACUUCAUAUAUAGAUCAGCAUCUGGUCAAUCUUUAUCACCAUACUAAACAAAAAAAAUACAUUUCCCUAUUUUCAUAUUCCAAGAACUAUAUCUUUCAAAAAAAAAUCUAAGAACUACAAAAGAUCCGAUUUUUCAUUUUUUCAAGAACUUCCGGUGAACUUUCUGACGGUUCUUGGAAAUGGAUUUCUAUGGCUACCAGGGCGUCGGCGAGUCCCACUACCCUUCUUUCUAUGGCUACAACCCUUCCACACCGUACGAUCAUAACCCGAUUUCAUACCCUUCCCCGAAUUUGGUAGAAAACAGCCCGAAUUAUUAUAGCAGUAAUUAUUAUCACGAUUAUGAUCCGCAGCCACAAGUGAAUUACUCUGUUCAAAAUUCCAGUAAUUCAAAGCUGAUCCAGUGGGAUGGUCCAGAAGAUGAAGAGGACACUGAUUUUGAUGAGUAUGAUCCAGACCCGUAUAGCGGUGGCUAUGAUAUUUCCCAAACCUAUGGAAAACCCCUUCCGGCGUCAGAUCGUAUCUGUUACCCUCGCUCCGCCGCUUCUUUACCGGAGAAUGAAAUCGGAAAAGUGGUUUCUGCGGACAGGGGCGAAGUCGCAAUUGACUUUGGAAGAUCGGAUGAUGUAAACAAGGGUAUUACUGGAAAUACAUCAGAAUAUCAAGUGGCAAAUGGUCAGUACUAUGGAUCUGGUUUGGAGAGUGUGGAUGUAUGUGAGGGAAUGUUUGGGUAUUGGCCUUGUUGGGAGAAAUACCAGAGGAACAAUGGGAAAGGGAACAAUUAUGGAGGAGGAGGAGAGAGUGAUCAAGGAAUUAGCAGUCCACGGAGUUAUUGUGCAGCAGCAGAUUAUCUGUUUGGCAGUGCCUAUGGAUAUGGUGGUGGAGAUGAGGCGAGAGGACAAGGAUUUGGGGGUUUCAGUUAUGGAGGUUAUUAUCAAGAAUAACAUGCAUUUUUUUGCAAGAUCAUUCUAAACAUUUUAUAAUAUCUGUUCAUAUAACAUUAUGUAGACCAUGUAUAGUUACAUGUAUAGUUGGAUAGACAAUCUUUCAUGUCUAGUUGGCUUGACGGGAACUGCCUUCCGACCGAGGGCUAUUCGGACACUUCUCAGUGGAAUUUUUUUUUUAAAAUAUUUUGAGCAUGAUCUUCAUCAAAUCUAGUUUACCGAUACCAAAUUUCAGCUCAAAAUUUAUGAAUUGGGAAGGCAGUUAAAUGAUUUUUUGAAAAGUACUGCGCUGUUUUUAUAUAUUAACUGAGCAGUGUUCUUAAAUAAUUUAUUUAACCACCUUCCCGAUAGAAUUUUUAGCUUAAAUUUGAUAUGGGUAAACUAGACUUGAUGGAGAAAUACCUAGGGUAAACUAGCUUAAAUUUAGUAUGGGUAAACUAUACUGGAUGUAGAAAUUUGGUAUCUCAAAAAUUUUUAUUAAAAUAUUUCCCAGGAAGUGCCUGAAAUACUCUCGGCCGGACGGCGAUUCCCGUCAGGCUGGCUGGACAGGAAGACUACUCUAGUUGGAUAUAUAUACGUAGUAUGAAAUACAUAAUAAUGUGAAUCUGAAUGAAUUUGAAUAAAAACAAAUGUUAAGAAUAUGUUAACAAUCGCCCAUUCGGGGACAUUCGAUAAAAUUGAAACGAUACAGAG